AUGCACUCGUCCGCAAAGGAACCCAGCAACCCUGCGCAGCGAAGCACAGACGAAGAAGAGGAAGACGACGACGCACUAUUCGAAGCCCUCGAAAACGAAGACGACUCUGCCUACCGAACCCACCGCAUCGAGCAACUAAAUGCCGAAUUCGCAAAGGAAGUCCAAGCUCAAGUCCAGCGCAAUGCCUCAUCCGCCAAAAUUGACAUUGACAACCUGUACCCGACGCUUUCGAAUGACCAGUCCCUGCUAGAUUUCACAACCCAGACCCACCGGUGCGUGAUACAUUUCGCUCAUCCGGACUUCGCAAAAUGUGGAGUCAUGGAUGGUCAUCUCCGAGACCUCGCGGCGCGGCAUUACGAGGUGCGUUUUGCCCGGGUUGACGUACGCAACAUUCCCUUUGUCGUGAACAAGUUGAAUAUACGCGUGCUUCCAUAUGUUAUUGGGUUCAAUGAUGGUCUCGCCGUGGAACGUGUCGUAGGUUUCGAGGGACUUGGAAAUGGAGGGAAGCAGGAUGGCGUCGACCAGUUCAGUACGGCUACAUUGGAGAAAAGGCUGCUGCGCAAAGGCAUACUGGUUAGGGCAAAGUUCAUAGCUGGUGAUGAGGGUAGCGGCGCUUCUGAUGAAGGAAGUGACAAUGAAGACGAGCAGAGAAUGGGAGGGCGAGUUAUCCGUCAAGGAAAUAUACGGCGUAACGACACCGAAAACGACGAUGACGACGACUGGGAUUGA